CUGAGAUUUUCUCCUUCUACCUUUAGAAACAAAUUCCAGAGAAAAGAGAGACAGUGAGUUGCAGAAUGGCGUGUGUUCAUGAUCAUAGUUGUGAGGAUCACGAUUGCUCAUCUGAUUUUUCUCUUUACAAGCACAUAGACCUUUCCAAGGUAUCUGCUUUAAACGAAGCAGUUCAAGGAAGUGCCAAGUCAGUGUUUAAAGCUUGGGAACAGCGUCUCGAUAUAUCAACGGGCCUUUUGGAAAGCAAUGAUGGUGAUCCCGAGUUAAUCGUUUUCAUUCCAUUUACCUCAGAUGUUAAGAUCAAAAGCAUUUCUAUUGUUGGUGGUGCUGAUGGAACAAGUCCCUCAAAAAUGAGAGCGUUCAUUAAUCGAGAAGGUAUUGACUUUUCAGAUGCCCAAGGCAUGCAACCUGUUCAGGAGUGGGAUUUAGCUGAAAAUUUGCAAGGCAUAUUAGAGUACCAAACCAGGUAUUCGAGAUUCCAAAGCGUGGGCAGUUUGACUUUGCAUUUCCCUGAAAAUUUUGAUGCUGAUACAACUCGGAUACACUACAUUGGGUUAAUGGGUGAAGCAACACAGUUAAAGAGGGAUGUUAUCGCAACUAUUGUUUACGAGGUUAUGCCCAGUCCAUCUGAUCACAAGACUAAAGCUGAAAAUGGAGGUGGUCUUUCGAGCGUUUGAUUACUAAGCAACUAGUAGUCUCGUCAAUAGUUGUACAUAGAGACGCGGGGCUUCUUUCUUGUACUUUAUAAUAACACUCAUGUGAAUACUUCAGUCUGGUUCUUAGGAAUUUUGAACGAUGGUCCGUUCUGUAAUGCUUCUAGUUACGCAACAAGAAUUGUUAUUAAUCACACAGUGAUAUCAGUGAGAGACAAUUUGCCAAGACAUCUUUGGACCGAAAUUCUGCGUGUUGGAAUCUUCACCAGAUUAGAUAUGAUCCAAGGUAUUGACAGGCCCAGUAAGAUAAUAAUUGGUGUGCAGGUUUACGUCAAGUGAAUAUGUAUCCAUUGCUUCGUCAGGUUAACGUAGGAAUUGAAUUUUCAAUGAUGGUUCAUUUUCGUAACGCA